AUUCAAGAUGAAGAAAUACAGUUCAUUGCCUGUGCUUUGUGCUUUAAUUUGUUUUGGAGAAGCACAAAUCUAUACGGUUCCCGAAGUUGAAUUCGAAUAUUUAAAACCCAUGGGUUUUAAAGCCAGUAUACCAGAUGUUCCCGGUGUGCGGUUAUUUGCAUUUCACGCCCGUCUCAACAAACCAUUCCAACAGUUUGAGCAAGGGGAUAUGUAUGAAGAUGUUACCGAGCCAAUCGGUGAUCGCUGGGUAUUUCAAACCACUAAAGUUAGUUUGAUGGAAGGACAACAAAUCUACUAUUGGUUAUACGUCCAGUACGAAGAUGAAGGAUACGUUGUAUCAAAUCAAAAACAUACUAUAAAAAAGAAUCCUAAAACAACGACAACUAUGAAAACCACUACCACAACAACAACAACUACUACUACUACUGUAAAACCUAAAGCAACUAAGGCUACAACAACGGUUAAGACGGCAACAAAAAAAACUAGUCCAUGUGAAUCGACGACGACCACGGUGAAUGGAGCAACUACCUGCGCCGGUAAAUUGAUAUUUGAAGAUACCUUCCAGAGUCUGGAUCUGAAGAAAUGGCACAGAGAAGUGCGUAUCCCACUGGACACCGAGUCCGCGGAGUUCGUAUCCUAUCAAGAUUCGGCGGCGAACAGCUAUGUCGCCGAUGGUCAGCUCGUAAUCGUUCCCACCGUGCUCAACGCGCAACCGGGGUUCAACGAUGAACGCAUUCGCACCGGCGAGUUAAUCCUAUCAGGCUGCAAAUCACCUACCAACAAUGAGUACGAAUGCCGUCGGAAGGCAGCUCUCUUCACCAUCCUACCACCGGUUGUGUCAGCCAAGCUGAACACCAGGGACAGCUUCCGCUUUCGGUACGGCCGAGUGGAGAUACGGGCCAAGCUGCCCAAAGGCGACUGGAUUUUUCCACAAUUGCUACUCCAGCCGUGGGAAAACUACUACGGCUACGCCGAUCUAGCUUCCGGUUUAAUGCUGGUAGCGCACAUACUGUCCAACGAGCAGCUUACAACGCGUGAAGGUGUCCAAAUCGACGGACACCGCCUGCGGGGUGGUGUUAUUGUUACUAAUGAGCAAAAAAUGCGUGAAACCUUUAUGAAGGCAAAUUUUCUGGAUGAACAUUUUAGCGAUGAUUUUCACGUGUACACAUUAACCUGGAGACCGGAGAGUAUAGCACUGUCCGUCGACGGAUUUCAGUAUGCAACGUUAAGAACCGACUUUAGGGAUUACGGUGUAACCAACAAUUUAGCCCAGGCUAAAUUGUGGAAUGUAAAUAACACGAUGUCUCCCUUUGAUCGAGAGUUUUACAUUUCCCUUGGAGUGGGUGUUGGAGGAAUUAGAGAUUUUCCCGAUUACAGUAAAAGUGGACCUUUCAGCACACCGAAGCCGUGGAAUAAUACUAGCCCGAAGGCGGAAUACUUUUUCUACCAAAAUCGAAACUCUUGGCACCAAACGUGGACCGAACCAGAAUUGAAAGUGGAUUACGUUCGAGUGUAUGCUUUGUAG